UGCGUCUGUACACCGCAUUUCUUUAGCUAUUUCAGAUAAACAGCAUAUCAAGGCGCAUGCAGCGCUUAUAUUUUAACGAGUAGCUAGCUAGUAGGGGGGGUUUGAACCAAUUUAAAGCCGUGUCGGUGACCUAGCUAGCUCGGGCAUUCAUUUUCGACGAAAGCAAAAAAGAGUGCGAAUGACGAGAACGCAUUAGCUAAACUAGUUUUCAAUAGGUAACCUAACGAGGUAGUGUGCUAGCUGAAAUAUAACCAGACAUGGACGACAAAUCAUUCACUAAGGAAUUGGAUGGGUGGAUUGAGCAACUCGGCGAAUGCAAGCAGCUCUCGGAAAACCAAGUCAAAGCCCUUUGCGAGAAGGCCAAAGAGAUCCUGACGAAGGAGUCUAACGUGCAGGAGGUGAGAUGUCCGGUCACCGUGUGCGGGGAUGUCCACGGCCAGUUCCAUGACCUAGUGGAGCUGUUUAAAAUUGGAGGGAAGUCUCCGGACACCAACUACCUCUUCAUGGGAGACUAUGUGGACAGGGGCUACUACUCUGUAGAGACAGUCAGCCUCCUAGUAUCUCUCAAGGUUAGGUACCGUGAGCGAAUCACAAUCCUUCGAGGGAACCAUGAGAGCAGACAGAUCACCCAGGUGUACGGCUUCUACGACGAGUGUUUAAGGAAAUACGGAAACGCCAACGUCUGGAAGUACUUCACAGACUUAUUUGACUAUCUGCCCCUAACUGCACUGGUAGAUAACCAGAUCUUCUGUCUCCACGGAGGACUGUCCCCCUCAAUAGACACACUGGAACACAUCCGAGCGCUGGAUCGCUUACAGGAGGUUCCUCACGAGGGUCCGAUGUGUGACCUGCUGUGGUCAGACCCUGAUGACCGUGGCGGCUGGGGCAUCUCUCCCCGCGGUGCCGGCUACACCUUUGGACAGGACAUCUCAGAGACUUUCAACCAUGCUAACGGACUCACCCUGGUCUCCAGAGCUCACCAGCUCGUCAUGGAGGGUUAUAACUGGUGCCAUGACCGUAAUGUGGUGACUAUCUUCAGUGCACCCAAUUACUGCUAUCGCUGUGGAAACCAGGCCGCCAUCAUGGAGCUGGAUGACACACUCAAGUACUCCUUCCUUCAGUUCGACCCCGCCCCUCGCAGAGGUGAACCCCAUGUGACCCGCCGCACUCCUGACUACUUCCUGUAAAAGAUCCCAAUGCCUGUGAAGUAUUGCUAUAGAUUCUUCUUAGUGAAGAAGUGGGAGAAGAUGCGGGAGAAGGGAGCAACCGACCAUUGGUAUAGAGUUGUGACAAAGUAAGCAUCCAUCAAUCCAUGGACCAAAAUGUGUGCCAUAAUUUCACAAUGCAAAAUGGAAGAAAAAAAAAAUGUCACAUUCAUCUUUAAAGAAGACCACACAACCGAUGCCCACCACAGUCCAUGGAACCAGUUCCUUCUCUCUCUGUGCAUGAUGUUGUAUUUAUCUCUGAAAAUGGUUCUUCAUUGUAAAGAUUACAGUGUACUAUAUAGUAAUAGGGUGCCAUUUUGGAAGCAGACAGUCUCAUAGUACCUGCUGGUUUUGUCAGGAAAAAGAUCUGCUUUGAAUUAAUUAAUCUGCUGAGAUUAAGGUUUAAAUGUAACCCUUGUGGUAGGAACAUAAUUAUAGUAUAGAAAAGUUUUGGUAAUCCCAACUCGGCAUGGCCUCAAACUGGAAGGUUGCAGUAAACAUGUUAUUUUGUGAACAUUUUUCUAACAGAAAUUCAAUGGCUUUUUUUUUGUUGUGAAUUUGAAAUCAUUGUUUUCAGAGUUGGUUGGGCACUGGAUGGAAUUGACUUCUUCUUUCUCUUUGCACUUUUGUAUUUAAUGUUUAUCAUGACACUGACAAACUACAGCAUUCUGUUUUAUGGUGCAUUCGGAAAGAAUUCGACCCCUUGACUUUUUCCACGUUUUGUUACGUUACAGCCUUAUUCUAAAAUUGAUUAAAUACAUUUUCUUCCUCAUCAAUCUACACACAAUACCGCAUAAUGACAAAGUGAGGGGAAAAAUUCUAGAAAUUUUUGCAAAUGUAUAAAAAAAAAAUGUUUAUAACAGAAAUACCUUAUUUACGUAAGUAGUCAAACCCUUUGCUAUAAGGCUUGAAAUUGAGCUCAGGUGCAUCCUGUUUUCAUUGAACAUCCUUGAGAUGUUUCUACAACUUGGAGUCCACCUGUGGUAAAUUCAAUGGAUUGGACAUGAUUUGGAAAGGCACUUACCUGUCUAUAUAAGGUACCUCAGUUGACGUCAGAGCAAAAACCAAGUCAUGAGGUCGAAGGAAUUGUCCUAGAGCUCCAAGACAGGAUUGUGUCGAGGCACAGAUCUGGGGAAGGGUACAAAAGCAUUUCUGUUGCAUUGAAGGUUCCCAAGAACACAGUGGCCUCCAUCAUUCUUAAAUGGAACAAGUUUGGAACCACCGAGACUCUUCCUAGAGCUGUCCGCCAGAGGCAAACUGAGCAAUCGGGGGAGAAGGGCCUUGGUCAGGGAGGUGACCAAGAACCCGAUGGUCACUCUGACAGAGCUCUAGAGUUCCUCUGUAAAGAUGGGAGAGCCUUCCAGAAGGACCACCAUCUCUGCAGCAGCCCACCAAUCAGGCUUUUAUGGUAGUGUGGCCGGAUGGACGCUAUUUCUCAAUAAAAGGCACAUGACGAGUUUUCCAAAUGCACCUAAAGGUCUCUCAGACCAUGAGAAUCAAGACUCUCUGGACUGAUGAAACCAAGAUUGAACUCUUUGGCCUGAAUGCCAAGCGUACCGUCUGGAGGAAAUCCAUUUUAAAAUAAGGCUGUACCGUAACAAGAUGUGGAAAAAGUUAAGGGGUCUGAAUACUUUCUGAAUGCACUGUAUAUUUCACCCCCAGCAAAUAGCUUUUCUGUCACUCACCUGUCCAUUAGUUGAGUAAAACCUAUUUCAGGUGAACACAGGAACACCUGUACAAAAUGACAGCCCUUGUUAUAGAUACCUUUCUGUUUUGCAGCCUCCACUAUAUAAUAAAGAUUGAAGUUGUUCCUUCA